AUGCGGCGCUACAGCCUAGCCGCCCCCUGCCCGACCGGGGCUGCAGCGGCGGCGGUGAGCCGCCAGCGGAUGGCGCGUGAGCGCGUGCUGCGCUCGCUAACGCUCGCAUGGUGCUUUACCUCCCUCGCCACUCGCCUCCCCAUCGCCCAGCCCACGAUAAUGGAGGCCUCGCAAGUGCAUUUCCUGCACGACUGCCAGGUGGCAUGGAAUACGAAUUUCUCUGGCUGGAAUGAGACGAUAAUGCAAGGCGGCAUUAACUGCGACAAUGCUGACGGCAUUACAUGCGACUCGAACGGAAUGAUCGUGACACUUGGUUUGGCGAACUUGGGUCUGCAAGGGCCUAUUCCGGCGUCCAUCAGCAACUUGAGAGAGCUUGUUGACCUUAAUUUUUAUAUGAAUCAGCUGUAUGGCUCAAUUCCAACUGAAGUUUUCACCCUCACAAAGCUGACACGCCU